GCAAGGACGAUGAUAAUUGGCUGUGCCAGACUGCUCUUAAUAACAUUCAUCAUGGUCACUUCUAUGGUGACAGGGGUAUCAUGGAUUGUGCAAGGGACUGACUGCACACAAAUAAAAACAACUUCCCCAGAUGCAAAGAGUGGCAUUUAUACCAUUUAUCCAUCUGGAUUAAAAAAAUCUAUCAAGGUUUACUGUGUGAUGCGAGAGGAUGGAGGAUGGACUGUUAUCCAGAGGAGGUCUGGUAAAAAGGUUUCCUUUGACAGAGACUGGGAAUUAUAUAAGUUUGGAUUCGGAAAUAUUCAGAAAGAUCACUGGCUGGGCCUGACCAAGAUAUGGGCUCUAACCACAUGGGAGGGUCAUAAAUCAACUCUCAGAGUAGACUUGUGGGACUUUGAAGGAGGUUCUGCCUAUGCUAAUUAUGAAGAUUUUUGGAUUGGUGGUGAGAAAACAGCCUAUAAGCUGCAUGUUGGAAAAUACAGUGGCACUGCAGGUGAUGCUAUCCGUGGGGGAUAUGCUGGCAUUGACCAAAAUGGGUAUGGUUUCAGUACACAUGACCGUGACAAUGAUGGCUGCUCCCCGUGUAUUUUCGGGGAUAUUGCGGUUAAUGAAUGCACUCGUGAAAAGGGUGGAGGAUGGUGGUUCAGCAGCUGUGGCUCAGCUGAACUGAAUGGAGAAUGGCACUCUGGGGAAAAUAAUCGCGGACGGGCUUCUGGCCUCCACUGGCUCACCUGGAGAGGCCCUAGGCCCUACUCAGCUAAGGCAACACGCAUGAUGGUCAAGACCAUUAAGCAAUCUUAGGUUUCUGCAUCUUAAACAAGCAGCAAAAUGACACACGAUACUUACAAUAUAUUCCAGUUUCACUAGUCUAUUUAUUUUUACUUUGCUUAAGUGUUCUCCAGUUUCCUCAUCCUGUCCACUAAUACACACGUAGGCUAACAGGCUACACAAAAGUAUAAAUGGACCACAACUUCAUCCGGCGAUCUCCCACCUUAUGUGCAGUUUUACCAGGAUGGGCUUUAUAUCCAUCAUAACCAGAAUAAGCAGGACUGAGGACAUGUUUACUCCCAGAGCACUUUAUUAGGAAUAGCUGUAGACCUGUUCAUUUUGCAGGUAUCCAAUCAACCAAUCAUGUUGGAGUAAUGCGAUAUGUUACAUUAUGUAGAUACAGGCCAGCAGCAUGAGGUUAUAUUUAUAACAACCAGA